AUGUUAAAGGCACGACAGAUUCGUCGCUGGUCAAACUCUGCGUUGGCUUCACCUCCACACCACCACCGCAGAUUUAUUAAGGAGCAAGGGAAGGAGAAGCAGUGGUGUUACAUAGCGGCGUAUCCGGUCAAGCGUGGUGCAGCGAUGGUUCAAGACGGUGAUGAGGUGGUGGUCGUGCGGUGGAGAUGCGAGUAUCAUGGUGCUCUCCAAAAGCGGAUCUCGCUGUUUGUGUUCGGUGGUGAUCUCUCACCCCUUGCUUCUUCGGCUUCCUUGCCGCCGGAAGCUCUUUCAUCUUUCGGUUUUAUGGCUCCGAUGCUCCGGCUCAGGCGAUGA